UGUUAGUUUCGUCUAUGAAUCAGUAGCGUUUGAGGACUACAUACAUCACAUCGCAAAAAUUGAAAAUAUCUGAAUCAUGUUUCUUAAACUUGCAAUAAUUGCAUUAGCUGCUUUUAAUACAGCAUCAGCAGGCGACGACGUAUGGACCGGUUUCGUGGCUUCCUGGUCCUCGAACUCUUCCAGCCACUUCUAUCAACUCCCUCAGACGUUGGAAUCAGCUCAAAACCAAGGAUGGACCAACAUCUCGGGUGUCGAACAACCGGAUGGUGUUACAGCCCUCGGCUACUAUGGUGACUACAGACUUGUGGUCCUAUAUUCGGGCGAAACUGGUGCAGCAUGCGGGGUGCAAAUCGCGAUUUCAACGGAAGACGUCGACAAUACGGGUGAACCAAUGAUAUAUGCUAACAUUUCAGCAAUAACAACCAAAGUACUAGAAGGAGUCUCCUGCUACACGGUGACUGCGUAUUUUUCCAUCGAUGAAUCGUCUGGCAGUCGCAGAAUUUGGUUCCAGGAAAAAAAUUCACUGCACGAGAUACCGACAAACAUUUCAGAGGUCACAUCGAAAACGGAAUUCUAUGCGGGCAGCUGUGUUCCAACCAUGGGCAAUCACUACAACAAUAUGAACUCUACCUCUGACUGCUCCUACCUGUACCCGUGGUUUCUCUUGGGCUAUGGAGACAACGUAAUUGGCUUCGGCUUCCAAGGAUUCGGUAGCGGAACUUCUUCUUCCAAACGAACUUGGUGGGAAACCAUUCCACCAGCAAGUUUAGCGUAUGUUGUCCGUGAUCCACCAACUUGUGCGGUGAAUGCAAUAUACGAGUAUGGAGUCAUUUCUUUGCACAUUUGGUUAGUCGAUACUCCUCAGGACAUCACUUGCAGCUGAAGUUGGAUGGUCCAGAAACUAUAAGGCGAUGUAAUAUAUUUUAUAAAUGGAAUGAAACGUCUGCUAUUCGGCAAAAAAUAAACAGUCAUGAUAAAAAAAUUUUACUGUA